AGGGACCUGAGGAUUUUCAAUCAAAAGUGAUUCAAAGAAGGGCCUGCUCUUUCCAUAGGCAAGCCUUGACACACAAGCAGUCUCAACUGAACUUCAUAGGCGAGAAUUAAGCAAAGCACAGAUCCCUCAUCAAAUUAAUGGAACCUUUAAUUUGCAAGCCUUGAAAAAGCGAGAUGUCAGAAAGUGAGAUUUCACAGGAGAGCCUGCAAGUGCCUUCAAGUUACUUGCUGACUUUACAAGAACCUCAUGAAUUUCCCAAGGUUUUCUUAGGUCCUUUCUACACUGCCAUAUAAAAUCCAGAGUAUCUGUCUUGAACUGGAUUAUAUGGCAGUGUAAAAGGAGCCCGAGACAAGGGAUACUGAGAAGGGUUUUGUCAAGUUCUUUUCUCUAAAACGCUGCCUACAUCACAAGGUAUUCAUCGAGGAUUUCCUACCCAAGGACUAUCCAGGGCUGAUCCUGCUUAGAAUCCAAGAUCAGACCGGAUCUGAUGCCUUGUGGGCAAAAAAGGGCUGCCACACGAAAGGGAAAGAGUGAAGGCUGACCAGUAAAAUGUUGUGGCCCCAUGCAGGGCAUUUUCUCUCCCAAUUUUUUUGCAAUGUUUAUAAUGAGGUGGAGUUGCCUUCCUGUUCUUACACAUAACGAGGGGUUGCGUCCCGAGAUUUGGCCCAAGUUACUACUCGCCUACAAAGUCAAUCUUCCGGAACACACCUGGUGCCUUUGGAGACUCAGUCCCAGGCUAACGGAGGGUAGACAAACAAACACACAACCGCGCUGCCUUCACCAGGAAGAGCAUUCAAGUCUGCCUUGAAACGGGGCAGGUACAAGCGCUGUAAAGGAGGGAAGGCAAAGAGAGAGUUUAAGAAUCCAAUGAUGAACAAGGAAGGGAGGAAAGAAACCCCGACCACUUUGGACAGCCGGAGUCCGUGUGAAUGGGACCGUACGAUGGAAGUGUUGCUGCUCCUGUUGUGUCUCAUGGCUGCAGAUGCCUUGGAGGUGAAGAUUAGCCCUUCCCCAGUAAUAGGUCUGGUAUACAAGGAUGUUGUGCUUCAUUGUAACUUCACUGUCCAGCGAAGUUUCAAAAAGGAAGAUGUGGCUGUGAAGUGGACCAUGAAAAAAGUGGUAUCUGGAGAAGACAAGCCAGUGUUUCAGUUUGAUGGAAAUUACACAUCAAGUUACCGGCAAGGUUCCUUAGUGAAUCCUGCGUUCCUGCCCUAUGGCAUGGCAUCACUCAUGCUGUCCAAUGUAACAUUAAUGGAUGAAGGGAUUUAUACAUGUACCAUUUUAGUGAUGCCACAGUAUGGAAAUGGAAACAUCCAGCUUAAAGUCAGAGCCCAGCCUACAGUCCAGCUAUCUCCCCAAAGUGUAAUGACUGCAGCAGAAGGAGAGAAGACAUUUUCUUGUCAUGUCCGCAACUUCUACCCUCAAAGAAUUAAUGUCUCUUGGCUGGUCCGAAAGCAUGGCAGCACACAUGAGGCACCGUUAUCUUCAGAUAUAUGCACUGGAGUCCCAUCUUCACAUGGCUUUGAUGGUUUGUUCACUGUGCUGAGUCGUGUAACCCAAAUGGUGAAUGAGACAAACAACGGCUCCCUGUACAUCUGCGAGGUGCAACACGAGUCCCUGAAGAAACCACUGAGGAGGAAUACAACAUUGUUGGUCACAGCACUCAGACCUUAUCAUCAGGACACAGGAUUUAUCAUCGGGGUGGCCAUUGCUUGCAUCAUGAUGACAGGUUUAUGCAGUAUAUUUGUAACCAUAUUUUAUCAGCAGCGGCUUGCUAAAGUGGAACCUCAAGUCUCCUCAAUCAUUAAGCCAGACUUGAUCCCAGUUAAUGAAAAAAUUAGACUGAUAUGCAACAUCAAUGGAUUCAGACCCAAAACAAUCCAUGUGAUGUGGUACCGAAAACACACACACAUGGCAUCAACAGAAGAUCCUGCAAGAGAGGAUAUAGCCCUUUCUGAUGUAAGAGAAGACAUAACAAGCAUGGCUCAGCAGCCCUUGGAAGCCAAUGGCCGGGUUUAUAGCAUCUCCUCCUGCCUAACAUACACGCCUACUAUAAAGGACAAUGGGGCAGAAUUUGAAUGCAGCAUCCAGCACAGUACUCUCAAGAGCCCAAUAAGGAAGACCACAGUUGUUUAUGUUACUGCUCGUCCAGCAACUCAUUACAUCUUCAGUUCACCUCAGCUCCCUGUCCAGGGAGAGAAGCUCAUUCUGACCUGUGUUGUGGAGAAAUUUUAUCCAAAAAACAUUGAUUUGGUUUGGUUUCGAAAUGGACAUCCAGUUGAAGAGGUGACACAGUUUGGACCGUUUCCUUGUGAAAGCAAUUUUUACAGUGUGUGGAGUCAAACUGAAUUUACCCUGACCAAAGACAAUGAAGGAGCUAUUUAUACUUGUCAGAUUCACCACAGCAGCUUUGGAAAUGUAGAGGAACUCUCCUAUGAAAUAAAUUUGCAAGGAACACCUCCAGAAGUCCUUUGGAUCACUCCAGAUCCACUGAGUCCUGUGCCAGGAGAAGAGCUAAGGCUGAAUUGCAGAAUCAAUAACUUUUCCCCUAACCUGAUCAGUGUGAACUGGUUUAGAGAUGGGGAGCUGCUCCAUGAACGGAUCUGUCACUCAGUUGCUGUAAUUGGCACCAAUGGCUUGUUCUCUAUGUGGAGCCUGCUGAGGGUUACCCCAGAGCACGGGGCCAAAAAGACUGUGUAUAAAUGCAGGGUGGAACAUGGAGCCCUGAAAGAAUGCAUAGAAAGAUUAUACACUUUGCAGUUGCCUACUGCAUUCUGCUAAAUUGAUAACAUCCUUGAACAAAUCCUUGUUAUGCUGUGAUGAACUGACAUGGUUACCUUCUUGAGAAUUUCUACAAACACAACAUGUAAAAAAGGUAUGCCCAAAGGGUGCUUUGAUAAAAUGUUGUGGUGAGGUAGGGACUUAAAUGUGUUCUGACCAGCAUUUGGACUCUCUUUCCUCGUAGGAUGAAAGGCGGAUACUUUGGCUUUUGGCCUGAGAUCUUCAUCUGUAAAAAUACCCCACAGAGUUGCAAGGAGAUUAAAUUCUGCUUACAGCAU